CUCUUUUCUUAUGUUCUUUAAAAAAAAGGGCGCCGUUGCCAGGGCGAUGACUGGAGGGAGGCCUCCCCGAUGUAAACAAAUCGAGCUGCUGCAAAAGGUCGGAGGUCUCGCUGGGAGGAGCAUCUCGUGGGAAGCCUAGGAGCAUUCAUGGCCUCUUCAAGCACUGACACAGAUGUGGGCCCACCAACAGACGAGGAGCAGCCCCAGGCCGGAGGGAGGGCACCAGGUGAGGCCCCCGAGCAGGAGGAACAGAUGGAGGAGGGCAAGGGUGGCCCACCAGGUGCUGGCUUGCAUGCCAAGAGACCUCAUGCCACAGUGAAGGAGAGGACAGUGGAAGUCAGAGAGACAUGGAGUGAGAAUAUUCAUGGCCUGGACAACCUAACCUUGGCCAUCAACAGCCUGGAUGAUCAUGUCCAGGCUGGACUACAGGAAGUUCGAAACUGUGUAGGCAUCUUGCGCCACGAGAAGAACGAGCUUCUCAAACAGGUGAGGUCUCUCUCUGAGGUGGUGCGGGAAACCUCCAUCCAAAGAGACAGAUACAAGGAGGCUACAGUACAGUUGCAGCAGGAAGUUGCCAGCCUGAGGGAGCAGCUGGAGGUACAGAAGGAGGAAAAGGACAUUUUAUCAAGGAGGAUGCAGGAGCUGGAGAAUCAGGAUGAGCAACACUUGGAGAACAUUGCUCGGACCCUGAGGAGUAAGCGUCUGGCACACAGCACGCUGGUGAAGUGGAGGAAAAAAGUGCAUGAAAGGAGCGGCAGUAAAGCUCUUCAGCUGCAGGUCCUGGAGGAGGAAAACAGUAGGCUACGCUCUGAGCUGCUGCUGUGUCAAGAGGCAGCCAAGCAGGCCUUCCUUCGUAGUGCCAAUGCCCUUAACUCAGAGGCCAUCACCAUGUUUCAGGAUGCAGCAACUCGUCGCUUGGGUGGGGAUGAGGAAGACGAUGGGGAGAGACCACCCUCACCUGAAUCCUCCUCUGCCUCCUCCUCUUCUUCCUCAGCCCAUCCACAUAAUACUCAGGAUAAAGAAGGCUUUGCAGAAGGAGGAGGAAACAAGGAAAAUGUUGCAAAUAAAGGGGACAGAGACAGAGGAGAGAAAGUGCAUGAAAGGUGGCACAGAGAGGAGGAUGCAGCGUGCAGCUCAGACCACUUCCACCAUGCUUCAGGAGUGCCAAAGCAGAGUGACCGCAAUGUCAUAUAUUCAUCAACCUUCAGAGGGAACAGCAAGGAUUACCGAGUGAAUCAUACUUGCUCUGCUCCCUCAAGAAUCCACUGGAGGCGAGAGGAGGAAGAUGAGUAUGAGGAAGCCAUUGAUUCUGGGAGCUUUAGUCACUAUGUUAGGAAACCCUCAAGAAGCAGGACUGGCCAUGAGGAACCCCAUUUCAGGGCACCUUCUCCACCACCAUGGGGUGAGGCAAGUGGUGGUGGUGGUGGUGCAGUCCCUAAACCAAGGCUCUCAAGAUCUGAUUUCAUCCCGGACACUCUGCAGCAGGAGGCACGUGCCCGCCUGCAGCAGCUACAGAGACAGCAAUACUUAAGGCCAGAGCCACCAGCCUCGAGCUUUGAGCCUCAGCGUAAGACAAAAAGGGUGAUGACAAGUGGGAGUCCAAAAAAAGCAUGCAGUUGUAGACUUCUCAGUCUUUCAGCACCUUACAAGUGCCCGUAUUGCACUCCAAUUCAUAAUUCUGAUUAUGGACACUAUAAAACUAGUAAGAAAUCAGUGAAUAAAGUAGGCAAAAACAAGGGUGGUUCCAUGAAUGUUGUAAGCAGCACUACAAUGAAGACUGACAAUAAGGGUGUAGAUAAGAAGGUGAUAUAUAAUCCUAAUGCAUGUACUGUUUUAAUUGAAAAACAUAUAAAUAAGUGAGUAUGUGUCUUAAAAUAUUAAAAUACAUUUAUGUAA